AUGUAUAUUAUUAUUAGAUUAAGUCCGCAGCUUAAUAUAAGAAGAUUAAAAAAGUUCAGGUCAGUUUGCUUACGUAAAUAUAUCCGAAACCUGAAUAUAUCUAAUAGUAUAUUCACCAUUAAACUGCAAAAUAUAAAAUCUGCCAUUUUUGACAAUGGAUCUAUUUCUAGCAUAGCAAAUUCUGACAGGGGAUCUAACUGCUCCAGAGCUAAGAAUAAAGGGUCCUGAACUGGAGCUGCAGAUGAUAUAGGAGUUGUUCUGCCUGUGCCUGGUUGUGAACCGAAUAUUUUUCGAGGAAUUCUUUCUGUAACCUAAUGAGAUUAAUGCCGUAUUUUGAUUUGUGGAUACUAUUAUAGUGCCCUAUCAGGAAAGGACCCCAUAUCUCCACGUGAAGGAGUUUUGAAAGAACCGUGGUUAAAGAUGUUUACUGUUUAUGUUGUACUUUUACUUGACUAAUAAAAUAAGAUCAUUAUUUAUAUAAUAGCAAGCAUUUUUAAGAAAAAAAAUAUUCAAUACUAGGCCAUAGCUAUUAGUUAAGCAAUAUACUGGCUAAGAAAGCAACACUUUAUGUUGAGACAAUCAUUUUAUUUAUUUAUCUCCUCUCAACAAAAAAUAUUGUAUAGGAUUUUCCAUACAUUUUCAAAUCUAAAAUAAAAGAAAACCUAUAUCUAACAAAAAAAAGAACAGUCAAAUAGUAAAAAAUAAGAUUUAACAGCAU